AUCAAUAAUCAGUAAUCAGUAAUCAGUAAUCAGUAAUCAGUAAUCAGUAAUGUAAUAACAUCUAUAUGCUACAUGUUCUAUGAGACUGACUGAACUACAUCAACUAUUCACUACAAGUUCAUGUGACCAAUAGAAUUGGCGAUAAUUAGGGCAAAGUAACGAACAGACACACUCUUCAUCAACACCAUGCACAUCAGAUACACCAGCAGAGUAGGACACAUCGUCAGAUCCUCCAGAUACAGUUCAUUCAGGUCAUCGGUCUUCAGACGAGGCAUCAGGAUCCCCCCUCAAUACCUCCUCGAUGACUACACGCCGCGGUACAUGAUGCUCCAGCAGGACUCUGUGGACGAGAAACAGGCCGCAGCAGAGCGCCACCUGCGCAACUGCAACCUCUGCCCGCACAACUGCUCAGUCGACCGCUACACGACGACCGGCUUCUGCGCACUUGGCGCCGAGCGGGUGCCGGUGGCGACGAUAGCACCGCACUUUGGCGAGGAGUCGUGCAUCACGGGCACGAACGGGUCGGGCACGGUGUUUUUCGCGUCGUGUAAUCUGCGGUGCGCGUUCUGUCAGAACUACGAUAUCUCGCAUGUUAAAGACGCGGGCGAGAUGUUGACGGCGGAGGAGGUGGGCGGGUGGAUGGUCAAGCUGCAGGAUUUGGGUGGGUGCCAUAACAUCAACCUGGUGACGCCCGAGCACGUUGUGCCGGUUGUUGCGAAGGCGAUUGUGCGCGCGAGAGAGGAAGGGUUGAGGAUCCCGGUGGUUUACAAUACGUCGUCGUUUGACUCUGUCGAGAGCCUGAAGCUGCUGGACGGGCUGGUGGAUAUCUACCUGGCCGACUUCAAGCUGUGGUCGCCAGAGACAGCCAAGCGGCUGCUAAAGUCGGAGAAGUACCCGUCCACCGCGCGCGAGGCGAUUGUGGAGAUGACGGGGCAGGUCGGGGUGCUCAAGUUUACGGGGGACGGGCUGGCGAAGCAGGGGGUGCUGAUUCGGCAUCUGAUUAUGCCAAACUACGUGGAGGAGUCGAAGGCGAUUAUGAGGUUUAUCGCGGAGGAGGUGGAUAAGGACAGUUUUGUGCACAUCAUGAGCCAGUACUUUCCGUCGGGACAUGUUGGGCGGAAGAGUGCGCGGGGAAGCGGGGUGCGGUAUGAGGAUAUCAACAGGCAGAUAAGUGACGAGGAGGAGGAGGCGGUUUGGAAGGCGGCGAGGGAGGUUGGGCUGUGGAGGUUUAAUCAGGCGGAGCAGUUGGCUGGAUAUUCCUAAUAUCUUUGAUAAGAAGAGAAGAUAUCGGAGAGCGAUUAGGGAAGCAGGAGAAGUGAUCAACAGAGAUGCGAUGCGAUGACGUCGUGAUCGACGACGCCAGUUACAUCAUGCACAGAGCUGCAAGGGAGAUAACUACAGAUAAGUAGAGAUUCUAGAGAAGAAUAAGCACAUAUAUUCUAUAUCUACACAACACAAUACAAAACAAUACACUACAAA